CUCUUCUGAAACCGACUCGCCUCUUGCAAUCAAACGCAAAUCCCAAUCUACACACGGCAUCUACCAAUCACAUCGGGUAAGCGUCGUGUCGAAGCCACCACCGCCUCUUGGACCCUCGAGGCUAACCGAAAUUGUUCAGACCCAAUGGAUCACCAAUAUAUGACCCAGACUCCCAUGCAGUCGCCCAUGUACUACUACACUCCUCAAAAGCAGCAGAACAUCCACUACAACUCGCACAUGGCUCCCCAGAACAUGGACUACUUUUCUCAACCCGUCUCUUCCCACGUCUUGUACUCUCAGCGCAGCCCUCCCCUCUACCACCAACAGCCCCAGUACAUCUCGCAGUCCAUGCUCACUCCUGCUGCCUCUCCUCGCCCCCAGCACCAGAAGCCCACCAUCAUGCUGCAGCAAGACAUGCCCAACAUGAACAUGUCCUUUGACUCGGACUGCUACGGCCCUGCCACGCCCACCCUGUCUGCCACCAGCUUCAACUCUGCCGACAGCCCUCAGUCCAACUACCACAUGCUCCCUACCCCUGCCAACGAGCUGCACAUGAACCCCUUCGACGCAAUCAAGCAGAACUGCGAGGAUGACAUGUUCGGUGAGUGGACUCAGUCCGGAUCUCCACCUUUGACUCCAGUGUACCUGCAUCCCGCGUCGGCAUUUGCCGAGAACAGCAGUUACAUGCUCUCGUCCAACUGCCCAUCGUUGUCGUCGUCGCCGUCGCCAAACAACUCGCGCUCUGCCAUCAACGACGCCAGCGUCUGCGAUCCCCGCACUUUGACCGUGCCGAGCAACGGCUUCCCGUGCCUGCCUACCCUGUGCGCCGGCGAUGACGAGGAGCACAAGUUGAUCCUCAAGGGCGACUUCUCCCCCUCCAAGACCUUUGACGCGUCUGAGCUGAUGCCUACCAACCACGGCUUCCCCACAUUCGAGCCUCUUUUCGAGCUCGACGUUGAGGACGAUUUCUGCUCUUCCAAGCGCCAGCGCGUUGACUCGCACUUCACUACCGAGAACAGCUUCUGCUUCACCGACGCCAGCUUCAGCGACGAAGAUCUCUCCUUCUCUCCUUGUCAAUCAGAGUUCUCCUUUACCGCCAACUCCUCGAUCGACAUGACCCCCGUCCGCCGCUCCGUCUCCAAGAGAUCGGUCAAGGCCCCUCAGUCAUACUCUGCCGCUCACUCGUCAUCGACCCAGCCCCAGCAGGUCCCCAGCAACGCCCCUACCUCCUCGUCCUCGUCUGCAUCUGGCGAUGACCACGCCCACUCCGGCCCCGGGUCCUCGACCACCCGUCGCGGUCGCAAGCAGUCCCUGACCGAGGACCCCUCCAAGACCUUCGUCUGCACCCUCUGCUCGCGUCGCUUCCGCCGCCAGGAGCACCUCAAGCGCCACUACCGCUCCCUUCACACCCACGACAAGCCUUUCGAGUGCACCGACUGUGGCAAGAAGUUCAGCCGUAGCGACAACCUCAGCCAGCACCAGCGCACCCACGGCGCCGGCACUGUCGUCAUGGGCGUCAUGACCAACGACAUGACUUCCCAGAUGGCCGUCAACGUUGCUGAUGUCGGCUCUGGCAUCCUGCGCCCCAAGAGCGAGUCUCCUGACGCCAGCGAGCUCGGUGCCAUGCUCUUCGACCACGCCGCCGCCGUCGCUGGCUCAAGCAGCAGUAGCCAGUCUGGUUACGAAUCCGCCGAGGACAACAGCUUCCAGCAGAAGAAGAGAAAGCGCGAUGAGUAG